AUGGAGACUAAAAUCCAUGCGCACGAGCCCUCCACGCUUGAUAUUGGCUGCUCAAACGGCCUAUCGAGAACUCGAGCUGUGGCUAGUUCACCGAACUAUCUAUCUUUCGCGCCAAGGCCAGUUCCAAAGAACGGCCAGUGUUUUGAUAGUGACGGCCCUGGAACUCUUUCCUCUGCUGGAGCUAGGCACGACAAUGACUUUGCCAGCAUCAAAGACAUACGGAUUUUGCCAACCACCGACGAGGUCCUUUGUAUGAGACCUCCUUACAUGCCUCACAAAAACUUCAACAAGCCACAUUUCCUUGAACGUGGUCCCGAGAGGCUUAUCGACACGCUCUUCCGUCAACUUCGCCAUGACAAUAUUGAGAGAUUGAAGGAUUGCGUCUACGCUGCUGCGCAAAAGCUUUGUGCGAUGGAAGUUCCGCCUCAGGAGUACGACCCUUGCCAAGAGACGCAAGCAGGAAACCGUUACUACAUGUACUGGGGAGCAGAACUUGAAGAUCUCCGCUUUGACGACCGUAAGGGUCUCUUCUUACAGUUCAGCUAUAACUGUCCGAAGCCUAUGAGGGGACGCAAGAUGUUCAGGAGUGGUCGAUUCGAAAAGGGCAUGUUGAUGGCAGUUGUGGGCCUCGACGACGACGACGUGAGUCUGUCGACUACAUUUUUCGAGGUUCUUCUCCCGCAGUGCACGGAGUCAAUGGAAUCAAGAGGAGGGAAUGGAGUGAGAGCUGCGGUCCAGCUUCUCUUCGCUCAAAAGGACUGCGAAGAGGAUAUAACAAGAAUGCUUCUCUAUUCUCAAAAGCUUCGAUCAGGGCGCUUUGUCUUGGUUGAAUUUCCUAAGCACCUCCUCAACGGUUUCUAUCCCAUAUUGAAAAGAAUGCAAGAACUUUCGGGCGAUGAUCUCGGGUUAACACGCUAUUUCGCCCCUCGCAAUGCAGAUGAAGAGAACCUUGGCCCACUCCCACCCUGUUACGCAUGCAGAUCUACCUCCGUGCUUGACUGCAAUUCUCUCAAAGCGAAGAGCGAAGCAGCGACAGCAUUUCCCAAAUAUUCUCUUCGAAACCUUGUCAGGGAUAAAAAGCGGUUCCUGGAUAUUGUGAAGUCCGAAACGACACUUGACGAGGGACAGGCCUCUGCUUUUGUAGAGAGCUUUAGUAAUGAACUCGCUUUUGUACAAGGGCCCCCUGGAACUGGAAAGAGCUUCCUGGGUGUCGCCCUCACCAAGGCAAUCCUGGCAGCCGGAGAAUCUGGGGAGAAGCCGAUACUGGUGGUGUGUAUGACAAAUCAUGCGCUGGACAGCUUUCUGAAGGAUCUCAUCGACCAUGGUGUCACCGACGUUGCACGCAUAGGAACCGGCAGUAAAGAAGACUGGACCGCAAAAUACAAUCUCAAGUCACUCGCAAGAUCAACAGCGAGGACAGAGAAAGAACAAAAAGACGUGUCGAAGAUUCUACACGAUGUUAGGCGUCUCUCAGCUGAUGGUAUGGACAUCUGUGACUCCGUCAGCAAUCCUGACAGGAUUGGGUGGUUCACAGUUGCGGAGCACCUCAAAGCCAAUAAACGAUAUCAUCACAUACUCAAGCAGUUGGUUAUUACUCCCACACCUGGAGACAGACUUCACAAAUCUGGACUUGCUAAAAGAGCUUCGGGGUUCCCAUAUGUCUUCUGGAGUGCUGGCGGAGACCUGAAGGUCUUCGAUGAGAGCUUGGCGCAAGAAUUUUCGGCAUUCUUAGGUCAGAACGACCCCGACGGCAUGAAGUCCAUCGAUAACGCUAAGAUUAUCGGAUCUGUCCUACGUGAGAUCGUUUCCAGGGCGUACGAUAAUAGCCAAACUGCAGGGGAAGAAAAUAUUUGGAAACUCUCUCUUGCUGAGCGCAAGGCCUUGAUUUCGAAAUGGGCAAAGGAGAUAGACCAGAAGGCUAUAUCAAGGGAAAUCCUCAGAAUACAUUUUGAGCAUCAGGACGCUGUUCGCCAGCUUGAGCUCAAUCGACAAUCGACAGACGUACGCUGUCUUCUAAAACAGAAGGUCAUCGGUAUGACGACUACUGCGUGUGCAUCGAAAUGGGAUCUCCUCAAGCAACUAGAUUUGAAAGUUGUCAUCUGUGAGGAGGCAGGUGAAGUCAUGGAGGCUCACACACUCUGUACGCUGUUUCAAUCAUUGGAACAUGCGGUUUUUAUUGGUGAUCCUUUACAGCUAAGACCUCAAAUUGACGAGCGUAGCCUGUCUCUUGAGACCAAGGCGGGAAGUCAGUAUCGGCUGGAUGAGUCACUUUUCGAAAGGCUCAUGUCUGAUGAUUCCGGGAUCAGGAAGCUUCCAUAUGCUCAGCUUAAUGUUCAACGCAGAAUGCACCCUGAUAUCUCGGCUCUGGUUCGGAGGACUUUGUAUCCUGCCCUCACAGACCACCCCAGUACGCAUUCGCAUGCAAAUAUCGGAGGCUUAUCACACCGAGCUUACUGGUUCGACCACCGCUAUCCAGAGAGCAAAGCCCCUGCAGCUUCGGGGGCUACAAAGUCUUUCUGCAACAAUUUUGAAGUCCAGAUGGUGUACGGUCUCGUUCGAUAUUUGAUAAACACCAACUCCUAUGCACGUGGCGACAUAGCAACCCCUUACAACGGACAACUUGCCGAGUUGGUCAAAUGCUUGCAUGGGAUGACCAACCUUUAUUUGAGCGACAAAGACAAAGAGUCUUUGGUCGACGGUGGCUUACUUGAUGAAGAAGACCUCGAAAAGAAUGACCGCGUCGAUGUUGAUAUGCUCGACAUGCUUCGUGUCUCAACCAUAGAUAACUUCCAAGGAGAGGAAGCAAAGAUAAUUAUUCUUACGACUGUGCGCAGCAAUGCUGAAAACUCUCCAGGUUUUAUGAGAACCGAUAAUCGGAUCAAUGUCGCCUGCAGCAGGGCUCGUGAUGGAUUCUUUAUCUUUGGGAACUCCCAGUGCUUGGAGGUCGUGCCGAUGUGGAAUAGUAUCAUAAAAAUAUUUAAAGAAUCAGCACGAUUUGGUCCUUCCCUAGCAGUCACUCCGUGCUCUCGUGAGAUGAAACAUUGCGACACUGUCUUUGAAAUCAAGGAACCUUCUGACUUCGACAAAAUUCCACUAUGCGAAGCGAUUUGCGGGGGGAGAUUGCCUUGCGGACAUUCAUGCAGCGAAAAAUGCCACCCUUCCGAGUUUCAUGGAACCGGGCAAGUCAAGUGCACAGAGGUUUGCAACAAGACCCAUCCCGAGUGCGGACACCCUUGUCAAAAGCGCUGUGGUGAAGACUGUGGCAGCUGUACCCAUAAACAAGCAACUACUGAACUUGACUGCGGCCAUAUCGGUGUUGUGACAUGCGACAAGGACUACUGGGGCGCGACCUUGCAGUGUGACGUGAUAGUCAGCCAGACCAGCCUAAAGUGUGGACAUACACUGUCUGUCAAGUGCGACGACAAGGAUAAAGAACUUUUCUGCAGCGAAGAUUGCAAAUCCUUGCUUGCCUGUGGUCACGUCUGUAGAGGCAAAUGUGCGAGGUGCCAGGAGUCAGGUCAUCCCCCGUGCCUGAAGAAUUGCAAUAUGACAUGUCCCGACUGUGGCGCAGAGAUCCAUGACAUUCCAGCUUACGCCAUGAUUUCUGGGGUCCCAAAGCUCCUGGAGGAAACGAAGAAGCUUAUUGCAAGGAUCGGAGGACACAUAGGUAUCAUUGGAAAGCGCUUAUCCUAUCACGAGAUUACGCUUCGAAACAACUUUCCCCUUCUGAAAAUGGGGCUCCGACCAAGUCCUUUAUCAGAUGGGGCGAAUAGGCAAUUGAUUUCUCAAAGAUACCAAGCUCUUAGGGAAGUUCAGGAACAGAUCAUUGCGAUACGAGAACAACUGGUUAUCCCUAUUGAAGAGAACAUCGAACGUCUGAGCGAAAUGCUCAAAAAUUCGCCAGAAUUCGUUCCAUUCAAUAUGCAAUUUAAAACACGCUUCGAGUUACUCUUUGGCAGGGUCCGCCACAUAUUCUUGAAAGAUGUUUUGGAAGUAUCAAAAUUCCUCGAUACUCUUGAGGAUCCAUCUUAUCAAACAGAAAUCCUCGCUCGUACUCUUGCUCGCACAGUGUUCAUACACGGCCGAGAGAAUAUAGAGAACAUUGAACAUUCGAUUUCCAAGUGCAGCUCCAAAAAGCUACCCUGUCUUGAGGUUGAGCUUCGACUCCUUCAGCUCAGCUUCCAAUGUCUCGUCCAGCGCGCUGGAAGUGUCGACGACAUUACUUGCAAUUCUCUUGAUAUGGAGAAAUCUGUGAGCAGGAUCCUGGACUUGUGUGAAAAGUAUCCUCGCUCCGCCGGCUUGUACAAGCAGCAGGCAGAAUCACUCAGAACUUCUUUCCUGGCCAAGUCAAACCCGGGUCACAUCUUCAUGGAACAAACGCGAACCAUGGAGAAAGGAUGGAGAGAAUGCGAGUCCGGUGAUAUCACCAGGUGCUCUGCCAGUUCUCAUCCUUACCCAGCAACCGCAUUCGAGUUUUGUCCAGAGUGCGAAUCGAUAGAAGCUGUUCCAGAAGUGAUCAAUGUGGAGGAAGUCGCGAGUACGUCAUCCUACGAGAAAAACCUGGCUCCUGAAGAAGACUUUCUUCGCUGGAUGCGAAGUCGUCGCGUGCGUGCCUAA